AUGGGGGAAUUCCACAUUCUUAGUUGGAAUGUUCGAGGUUUGAAUAAGAGGGAUAAGCAACGAUCCCUUAGUGCUUUUUGUCAAGUGAAUAAGAUUGGUUUAGGUGCUUUUCUUGAGACCAAAAUAAAGGGAGAAAAAGUGGAGGAUAUGAUGAGAAGUUAUUUUAAUGGUUGGAGCUUUUAUAAAGGGAUUAUCAAUGAAGGUAGAAUUCUGUUGGUGUGGAAAAGUAAUAUACUGGUUGUGGAUAUUAUUCAAGAGAGUGACCAAUUUAUGCAUACUCUUAUUAAAGAGGUCAGAUAUAAUAGGAAGUACUGUAUUACUUUUGUUUAUGGCAGAAAUACUAUCCAAGAAAGAUAUCAGUUAUGGAGGGACUUAUCGAAUCUUCAUUUCCCUGCUACUGCCUGGUUACUGACAGGUGAUUUCAACUCAGUGUUUAAUGUUGAUGAUAGACUUGGGGGUCGGCCAGUGAUGGCAGCUGAAGUGGUUGAUGCUCAAGGUUGGAAAGCUUUAGGUUUGGCGGAUGAGCUUAGAUCUAUUGGCUCACACUAUACUUGGACUAAUAACCAAGAUGGAGGUGGUUUCGGGUUUAGGCCUUUUAAAUUUUUCAACAUGUGGAUUGAUCAUGCUAAUUUCAAGAGGACUGUGUUGGAGAGUUGGUACAAACCAGUUCAGGUUGUUGGUCUUGAUAGAGUGAUGGUGCAACUUAAAAGGUUAGCUAGAGUUCUGAGGCUGUUUAAUAAACAGCAAGUGGGAGAUGUUGAACGGAAUUUUCAGAUUGCUAAGGAGAAUUAUAAUCGGGCUCAAAUUCAAUGUCAGAAAAAUCCUCUUGUUGCUGGUUUUCAAAUAGAAGAGCAAAUUGCUUGUACUGAAUUGACCCAGCAGUAUAAAAUUUAUGACAGCUACCUUAGACAAAGAAGUAAAGUGAACUGGCUCAGAUGUGGUGAUGAUAACACAGCCUUUUUUCAUGCUUGUUUGAAGCAUCAGAAGGAAAUUAAUCGUAUUACUUCUUUUGUUUCUGACACAGGGCAGUUAGUUGAGGAUUUUGAUGAAGUGGUGGAUCAUUUUUUAGUGCAUUUUCGGAAUGCUUUGGGCAGCAACAGUAAGACAGAUGUUAAAAAUGCUAUGUUUAGCAUUGGGUUUAUUAAGAGUUCGGGUCCAGAUGGAUAUGGUUCGGGGUUCUUUAAAGCUAUGUGGAAUGAAAUUGGUGAUGACAUUUCAGAUGCCAUUUUAGGCUUCUUUCAGCAUGGAUCACUUCCUAAAGGCCUAAAUAAUGCUUUGUUAACUUUGAUUCCUAAAGUUCCGAAUCCUACUAAGGCAGUGGAAUAUCGUCCUAUAGCUUGCUGUAAUGCAUUAUAUAAAUGCAUUUCGAAUAUGAUUUGUAGUAGAUUGAAUGUGGUCCUUCCAGUGCUAAUAAACCAAAACCAAGGAGCUUUUGUGAAAAAUAGACUUUUAACUCAUAAUAUCCUUAUCUUUCAGGAUAUUCUUAAAGGCUAUAGGAGGAAACAUAUAUCUCCUCGUUGCGUGAUGAAAGUUGAUCUAAGCAAAGCUUAUGAUUCAAUUGAUUGGAAUUGUUUGGAGGACAUUCUAACUGCCUUUUGUUUUCCAGGUCUUUUUAUUAAAUGGAUCAUGACUUGUUUAAAGGACUUUUCUUAUUCUAUUCUGCUAAAUGGAAGAAUUCAGGGGUGUUUUACAGGAAGGAAGGGAUUAAUACAAGGGGACCCGAUCUCCCCUUUGUUGUUUGUGCUUAUUAUGGAAUAUUUUACUAGAAGCCUCAUCCAAGCUACUCAGGAUAAAGUUUUUAAGUUUCAUCCUAGAUGCAAAAAGCUGAGAUUGGCUAGUUUAUGCUUUGCAGAUGACCUUGUUCUGUUUUGUAAGGGGAACAACUCUUCAGUUCAGGUUAUUCAGGAUUGUUUUAAAGCCUUUAGUGCGGUUUCUGGGUUAAUAGCUAACUUGGAGAAGUCGAAAAUUUAUUUUGGGGAGCUGUCUGUGACUGAAACCAGCGAGAUAUUGAAGGAGAUUCAGAUUGCUGAAGGGGAUUUUCCUCUCAAAUAUCUUGGGGUGCCUCUAAGACCUACAAAGUGGCAAGCUGGGGACUGUGAUGUGCUUUUGGGGAUAAGAGCCUUUUGGAUGAGUAUCUUCAUGCUCCCUAAGAAAAUUAUUGCUGAGAUUGACCAUCUUUGCAGGAAAUUUCUGUGGGGCUCUAGUGGGAGGAAUGAUAACAGGAGUAAGUUACAUCUCACAAAUUGGGAUCAAGUCUGCCUUCCCAAACAGAUGGGGGGUGUUGGGUUUAAGGAUAGUGUUAAAUGGAAUAUGGUUUUGCUUGCCAAAUACAUAUGGGCUGUUUCUACUAAACAGGAUGUUCUUUGGGUCAAAUGGAUAGAUGCCAUUUACCUUAAAGGACAAUGGAAUAUGGUUUUGCUUGCCAAAUACAUAUGGGUUGUUUCUACUAAACAGGAUGUUCUUUGGGUCAAAUGGAUAGAUGCCAUUUACCUUAAAGGACAAUCAAUUUGGGAUCAUAAGCUUCAAGUAGAUGUAAGUUGGUACUGGCGCAAUCUCAUUAAGUUGUCUACUAUCAUUAAUGCAGAAAUCCUGGCUAAGUCUACUGUGAAGAACAAAUUACAUACCAGCAAGCUAUAUGAGCUGUUGGUUCACAAGGAUAGAGUUCCUUUUUUUCAUGUUGUCUGGUGCAAUUUAUCUAUGCCCAAGCAUAGAUUUAUACUUUGGCAAGCGACUUUGGGGCACUUACUAACUAGAGACAACUUGGUUAAGUGUCAUUUACAGAUUAUUUCUGAGUUGUGCCCUGUGUGUGAGUUGCAGCAAGAAAGUCAUGAUCACCUCUUUUUUCAGUGCCCUUUCUCGCAAAUGGUGAGGCAAAGAGUGGCUUCUUGGCUGAAUUGGGAUAUUUGGCCUAUCCAUUACCAAGAAUGGAUUAAUUGGAUGAAGGGGAAGCCGAAAGGUCUCCAGCAAAAACUGCUUGCUGCUGGUCUAGCUGCUGUGGUUUAUUUGGUCUGGUGGAAUAGGAAUCAAUGCCUAUAUAAUCAUUGUUCUUUCUCUGUUAACUCAGUUUUUACUGUGUUGCAAAAUAGUUUAUGUGCUAGAGUUAAAAACUUGUCUAGUUGUAAGCUUUCUAGUAAGGAUGUAAGGUUUCUUGAGAGUGUUAAUUUGUUGUAA